GGUGACGUUUCCUAGUGAGCGGAAGUUCUGGGUUCAGUGGCUUCAACCGGUACCUACGUUACGUUUAUUCGUUUAACCGUGACGAGGACACAUGAUAUACGGAUAUUAAGAGGGGGCAGGGCCCUGAAAGCGCAUAGUCCCGCCAGGGAAUUGAACCGGAGACCGUGGGAAGGCCUCACGACCCCCAGAAGGGGGCUUGUUUCACGAGGGGGUUUGGUGUAAAUAAAGGAAGCCAAGAUGGUUUUGGCAGACUUGGGGCGGAAAAUCACGUCGGCCCUGCGCUCCUUGAGCAAUGCGACGAUCAUUAACGAAGAGGUGCUCGGUGCUAUGCUGAAAGAGGUAUGCACUGCUUUACUGGAAGCCGACGUCAACAUUAAACUUGUCAAACAGUUAAGAGAAAAUGUCAAGUCAGCUAUUGAUUUGGAAGAAAUGGCAUCUGGCCUAAAUAAGAGAAAGAUGAUCCAACAUGCCGUCUUCAAAGAGCUUGUCAAGUUGGUGGAUCCUGGUGUUAAAGCGUGGACUCCUACUAAAGGCAAACCAAAUGUCAUAAUGUUUGUAGGUUUACAAGGAAGUGGAAAAACAACCACCUGUUCAAAGCUGGCAUAUUACUAUCAGAGGAAAGGCUGGAAGACAUGCUUGAUAUGUGCCGACACAUUCAGAGCAGGAGCCUUCGAUCAGUUGAAACAGAAUGCUACGAAAGCAAGGAUACCUUUCUACGGCAGUUAUACAGAAAUGGAUCCAGUGAACAUUGCAUAUGAAGGUGUGGAAAAAUUUAAGAAUGAAAACUUUGAGAUAAUCAUCGUAGACACAAGCGGACGUCACAAGCAAGAGGAUUCUCUCUUUGAAGAAAUGCUUCAGGUUUCUAAUGCCGUGCAACCUGAUAACAUUGUGUAUGUGAUGGACGCCUCCAUUGGACAGGCCUGUGAGUCCCAAGCCAAAGCUUUCAAAGACAAAGUGGAUGUAGCUUCUGUUAUUGUGACCAAGCUUGAUGGUCACGCAAAAGGAGGUGGAGCGCUUAGUGCGGUUGCUGCUACAAAAAGCCCUAUCAUUUUCAUUGGAACUGGAGAACAUAUAGAUGAUUUUGAACCAUUCAAAACACAACCGUUUAUUAGCAAACUUCUUGGAAUGGGUGAUAUUGAGGGUUUGAUAGAUAAAGUAAACGAGCUGAAACUGGAUGACAACGAAGCCCUAAUAGAGAAACUGAAACAUGGGCAAUUCACCCUGAGAGAUAUGUAUGAGCAGUUCCAAAAUAUCAUGAAGAUGGGUCCAUUUGGUCAGAUCCUGGGAAUGAUUCCUGGUUUUGGCCAAGACUUUAUGAGCAAGGGGAAUGAACAGGAAUCAAUGGCUCGACUGAAAAAACUCAUGACCAUUAUGGACAGCAUGAACGAUCAGGAGCUUGAUAACACUGACGGCGCCAAGCUCUUCAGCAAGCAGCCCGGGAGAAUCCAGAGAGUAGCCAGGGGGUCCGGCGUGUCAACAAGAGAUGUACAAGAACUCUUGGCGCAGUACACAAAGUUUGCACAGAUGGUUAAGAAGAUGGGAGGCAUCAAGGGACUCUUUAAAGGAGGAGACAUGUCUAAAAAUGUAAAUCCUUCACAAAUGGCGAAACUGAACCAGCAAAUGGCCAAAAUGAUGGAUCCCAGAGUUUUACAACACAUGGUUUGUGAUUUCUUGGGGGAGAAGAUAGCUUCGGUUCUGGGUGUGAGUACACCAAAGUACCAGUAUGCUAUUGACGAAUAUUACCGGAUGCAGAAAGAGGUGGAAGAAGAAGAGGAAGAGAAUGAAAUGUCGGAGCAGGCAGAGCGGCAGUACCAGGAGCAGCGCAGCCAGCAGCAGAGCGAAAGCAGUGCUCAGACGCAGCAGCCCGAAGCCUGCAACUCUUUUGUGAACAUCAGCUUUGUGAUAGAAGGAGACGAUGCAGUCAACCUGUCCCAGAAGCAGGAACUGUCAGCCGUCCCCACCUAGGGGACUUUACUACCAAAGCUUCACGCCGGAGUCCAAAUGGGAAACCGUUCCUGCCAAAAUCCUCGGUGCCUUCCCUACUGACCUGAUAACAGCAUGCAAGGUGCAGUCUUGUUUAAUAACGCAGAUUAACAAUUCCUUUCACCAGACCCAGAGAGAUCCUAUCUGAGAGGACUUCCAAGAGCACUUUGGGAACGGGCCGUCUCAUAAAUACCACGAUAUAACUUAUUAUAGAAAGGUUUUAUUUAAGUCGUAUGAAAUCCUGCCAGUUUCAGGUAAUUUGGUUUGAUAGAAAUAUAUUGGUGUUUUUGGUAUUCAUAUAUAUGGAGCCAGAAUUAUGUGUAUGUGUGGUUUCUGCGAUAAGGUCAGAUGUGCGUUCCUGUCUUCAGCUGUUCGAGAUGUUCUUUUCUUUUUGUUCUUUGUUUCAGGAGUAACUGUUGCUCCCUGACACUUAAAGGUUCAUUCCCUAAA